AUGAACAGGGCAAGGGAAGCGGUAUGUAUGCCUCAGACUCAUAAGCAAAGCAGGAUUCAAACCUGUACAUAUCAGACUGAGGAGCCGAUGUCAAGGGGCUUAGCUCCAUCGAUAGAGGGUAGCUACUUUAGCAGGAACAAGGGAAGAAGCACUUAUCCGAAUGUUCAGCUGUGGAAGUCCAAAACCCCGAGAGCUGAUGAGCUAUUAGUGAAACUGGCGCUUCCCAAUAGGGAAAUCAAUAAAAACUUCCAACUAAGCCAGGCUUCAGGUCAUAUCUAUCGUGAGGGGUCAAGAGCUGAGGGGGAGGGGUAUACCCCAGAUAGAAGAUUCAUAUUUCUACUUGAUACAAAGGUGAAUACCUUCGAUCAGAUAAAGAUCCAAAUACGGCUUCGGAAGCAGGAUCUGAAUCUGCGGGGAUGUCAAUCCUUGAACCAAUACCCUUCCUUCUAG